UCAAAGAAAAUCCGGGACUUUUCAUAUCUUCAGCGUCAGUGGCCUGUUCGAGGAGAAAUCAUUUGCGCUCAGGAGUUCUGCUAAACGAAUGAACGGCAAAAUGGUUCGAGGAACAAGCCGAGGAGAUGACAUUGGGAAGAUCUUUGUUGGGGGAUUAUCCACAGAGACAACCAAAGAAGGCUUACAGGAGUAUUUUAAAACGUUCGGUGAGGUCACUGACUGCAUUGUCAUGGUCGACAGUGUUUCUAAGCGCUCAAGGGGUUUUGGAUUUGUAACAUUUCAAGAUCCUUCUUCAGUAGACAAUGUGUGUCAAAAGAGUGAUCACAUACUGGACAGCAAAAAGAUUGAUCCUAAGCGUGCUGUGCCGCGUGGACCAGGGCAGCAGGUUAUGCUCUCCACACAAUCUACUGGUGCACCCAGUAGGGAUUCAGGGAACAACGACCACAAAAUAUUUGUAGGUGGACUCAGCAGUAGCACCACAGAAGAAGAUCUGCGCACAUUUUUCAGUUCAUUCGGCAAGGUUGUUCAUGUGAAGCUAAUGUAUGAUAAAGAAAGCAACAGAAUGAGAGGCUUUGGUUUUGUAACGUUUGAGUCAAGUGAAGCUGUCGAGGAGGCUUGCCGUAAACAUUAUCAUGACAUCAAUGGAAAAACGGCCGAGGCAAAGAAAGCAGAGCAGCGUGAUUCCAGUAGAAUGGGACAAGGAGGCAACAUGGGCAUGGGUGGAGCACAAAUGAACAGUGGAUACAACAGAGGACAGUUUGGGUAUCCUCAAAUGCCAGGUCAGUUUGGUGUCCCUCCUGCUGGUCCGCCUGGCAUGGGCAGAGGUUAUGGAGGUUACAGUGCAAUGACUCCAGGAUAUGGUGGGACAGCACCUAUGGUUGGAGCAGCAUAUGGUUAUGGAGGAUAUGUUGAUCAGAGUGCUAUGUAUGGUGCACAAGCUGCUCCUGCUACCUCUGCUGCGUAUGGACCAAGUUAUGGUGCUGCACCAACGUCAGCAGCAUCUAUGGCUGCAACAUCAGGAGGGUAUCCUGACUAUAGUCAGAUGACAGCUGCAUCACAAGGGGGAAUACCUGCUGCUGCCCCUGGUGCCCAGCCUCGCUUGGAAACCCCUGCUGCCGCAGAUUAUUCAGCAUAUGGCCUGGGUAACUAUCAGCAACAAGAGUCCAGUUAUGGUCCUGCAAGAACAUCUUUCUCUUCAGAUGCUAGCGGCUACAGUAGCUAUGGGGCUAAUGCCGACCAAACAGGCUAUGGACCAAGUGCCUAUGGAGGUGGAGAGAAUUUUGGACGAGGGACCCCCAAUGUUUCUCGUGGAUUCCAUCCAUACGGACGCUAGAGAACUUUGGCGACGUUUUAUCCAAAAAAUGCAUCUGUUCCGCGUUAAAGUUUCAAAACUGUUUAUCCUUCCUAGCUUUUCAGGAGAUUUUAGACACAAUAUUCUGCAUAUAGCGUCUUUUAACCUCCUUGAAUUUGUUAUUCUUUUGUUUUAGUAGCAAUUCCAGGCGCCAAGGAAGGCUUUUAUACGCCGGCUUUGCUGAGUUGAUACUCAACACUGUAAAAACUAUCGCUUUUUCCCAAACAUUCACACUGCUGACAGCCCUAGCUUCUGACCGAAACUUUUCGAAUCCGGAAUGCUUGUCGUUAUGAUUGCCGCUUAUUAAGUGAUUAUAAUAUUUUGAACAGCUGCAACAAUGUUUUUCACUAGAAUAGAAGUGUCUCCCUGUGCUGGUUAUCUGAGAGCCUUGACAAUUUUAAGUGUGCUCUGGCGGGGAUAACGUUAGUGUAAAGAACCAUUAUGUUAAUUUACAAACGUAAUUUUUUUUCACCGAAUAGGAGAUGUUUAGGAAGCGGCUUUUUAAAUUGACUGUAUCAUUAGUAUGGUGUACCAUCUUUACAACUGCUCAGUAAAAUAUUUUAUGACAUUCUUUCGUGUGAA